GGCAUACAUGGUUUCCGGUCAAACAUGUGAUGUACGAGGUAGAUGUACGAUAGAAUGCAAACGGUAUGUCUCGGCGGCAAUCUCUCAUUACACUUCUCUAGAUUGUCGUAAGUGACCUUUCUCUAGAUUGUGAAGCAACACGAGACAAGACGAGAAGCUGUGGUAGUUGAAGUACUCUAGUCUUCACGUCAUAGACAAAGUGGUGUCUGCGAAAGGAUUUCCGUGUGAAUCUUGACUACGUACAAUGGUCGCCAUACAUGUGAUAUGGAACGUAAGGAUUUCCGUGUGAAUCUAGACUGCAUACAAAGAUGUGGCAUCGAUAUCUCUAAAACGGAAUUGUAUGUAGCAGCAGCAUGGCAGAAACUGUCGAAACACACACAAAAGAGAAUUUGUAUAGAUGUAUAUUCUGUGGAAGGGAGUUUUUUCAGAGCAAUAACCUUUUGGCACAUAUAUGGGCACACACAGAACAUGCGCCGUUUAAGUGUGAAUUGUGUGAUAAAAAGUUUUCCCAGAGCAAUCACCUGUCAAGACAUGUCAGAAUACAUGCUACAGUAGAAAAACAAUUAAAGAAUGGCAUGUGUCGUAAGGACUUUGUUCAUGACAAUACAUUGUCUCAACAUGUCAAAACACAUUCGAUAGAUAAACCAUUUAAGUGUGACGUGUGUGGGAAGGGGUUUACUUCAAAAAACUAUCUGCCGAUACAUGUCAAAACACAUUCGAUAGAUAAACCAUUUAAGUGUGACGUGUGUGGGAAGGGGUUUACUUCAAAAAACUAUCUGCCGAUUCAUGUCAAAACACAUUCGAUAGAUAAACCAUUUAAGUGUGACGUGUGUGGGAAGGGGUUUACUUCAAAAAACUAUCUGCCAAUACAUGUCAAAUCACAUUCAAUAGAUAAACCAUUUAAGUGUGACGUGUGUGGGAAGGGGUUUACUUCAAAAAACUAUCUGCCAAUACAUGUCAAAACACAUUCAAUAGAGAAACCAUUUAAGUGUGACGUGUGUGGGAAGGGGUUUACUUCAAAAAACUAUCUGCCAAUACAUGUCAAAACACAUUCAAUAGAGAAACCAUUUAAGUGUGACGUGUGUGGGAAGGGGUUCACUUCAAAAAACUAUCUGCCAAUACAUGUCAAAACACAUUCAAUAGAUAAACCAUUUAAGUGUGACGUGUGUGGGAAGGGGUUUACUUCAAAAAACUAUCUGCCAAUACAUGUCAAAACACAUUCAAUAGAGAAACCAUUUAAGUGUGACGUGUGUGGGAAGGGGUAUACUUCAAAAAAGUAUUUGUCAAUACAUGUCAAAACACAUUCAAUAUAUAAACCAUUUAAGUGUGACGUGUGUGGGAAGGGGUUUACUUCAAAAAACUAUCUGUCAAUGCAUGUCAAAACACAUUCAAUAGAUAAACCAUUUAAGUGUGACGUGAGUGGGAAGGGGUUAACUUCAAAAAAACUAUCUGUCAAUGCAUGUCAAAACACAUCCAAUAGAUAAACCAUUUAAGUGUGACGUGAGUGGGAAGGGGUUUACUUAAAAACAUAUCUGUCAAUACAUGUCAAAACACAUUCAAUAGAUAAACCAUUUAAGUGUGACGUGUGUGGGAAGGGGUUUACUUCAAAAAACUAUCUGCCGAUACAUGUCAAAACACAUUCGAUAGAUAAACCAUUUAAGUGUGACGUGUGUGGGAAGGGGUUUAGAACGAACCGUAAACUCUUGAAUCGUAUCAGAAUACACACAGGAGAGAAACCUUGUAGAUGUGACAUCUGUGGUAAGGUGUUUACUCAAAGAAGUGGCCAUUGGCAGCAUGGAAAAAUACAUUCAGGAGAGAAACGAUUUAAGUAUGACAUGUGUGAUAAGAGGUUUACUCAGAGCGGUCACCUGUCGGCACAUAGCCGAGUACAUACAGGAGAAAAAUUAAAACGCUGAAAGUGAUAUAGCGUUAAAGCUCACUUAUGUAGUUUUCCCAAUUAGGACAGCAAUUUUGUGACAUUAUUGUCGCGGUUGUAACUUUAACUUGCUGGUGAAUCAUGAUAGUUGUUUGUGUUGAUUAGUAUUAGUCAUUUUAAGGAGUCGUUUACGCCUGCCAUAUUGCAAUCACCUGGAGAUAUUAUGUCAUAACGUUUCACUUUCAUUUCAAUUAUAUUUCCUUUCACAAUUCGUUUUGCAUUUUCUUUCUGUUCAUAUAGGCCUAUAUGCUGCAGUUGAAGUAUACAUACGUUCAUGAAAAAGAUCAAAGUUACAAGCAAAGUACUAUAACACGAAAAAGAAAUAUUCAGUAUACAUUUUCUCUUCCAAGGAGUUUCAAAUUCAUUGAAGUACGUCGUUCAGAGUAUAUGUGCACGAUAAUUUAUUGAAGUAAACUAAUAAUGUUGUGAACUGUUGUGAACCUUUUAGGUACUAUUUACAAGACACAACUUGAAUAUUACCAAUUGGGAGCUGCUCGUAGUGGCGGCCGUUUCACGAUAAAAAAAUUAAUACAGAGUAUGAAAGUGCAUUUAUGUUGAUGGUGUAUUUUAUUAUGUUGUAUUUUCCUUGGUGUAACGUGGCAUUUUCUGUGAUGUGUCCCUUUUGGAUACUAUCGAUACCGAGGGAUAUUUGAUAAUGUGACUUUGGAAAGCAUCACUCGCUCAGAAAAUUCAAGAAGGCCAAAAGGUAGGCGCCAUUUUAGUAUUGAUUUAGUUCACGUUCGCCAUUUUGUUUAUCUUCCGGGUCACAACCUUUUUGCUUUGUCGUGCAUGUGAAGGUGCUAAUGAUGGGGCGUAGUUAUCGGAGAGGCGGUGAACGGGUCUAAAUCAGACUGGAUUAAUAAUAUGUGUUUGUCCAAUGUUUUGGUUUCAUUUAAAGGCAGAGGAUGGCGGGAGGGUGCGCGAUAUGAUGUCAGGGGAGUUUUCAAAAUUUGUUGCACACUUUAAACCUGAUGUUAUUCUGCAAAUAGGCGGGAAUGAUUUGGACGAUGCAAGUGUUGUCCCGGUAAAGCCAUGUUUUUGGUGGUUGCAUCAGGGAGCCACUUUUUGUUAUACGUCUUUAAAUUUGCAUCCUUUGGAGGGGCUUGUUACAAGAUUUGUAAAAUGUAUAUUAUAUGUUAUGCCGUUUAAAUAAAAUGACUAUUUUCAAUCAAAACUUGAA